CGCAUGGGCGGGCCUAGGCCCGCUGCUCUCAGGUGACCUGCUGCGGCUGACUCAGGCUGCGCCGCACUUCACAGAUCCUCGCCCAGAUCACGCGCCGGCUGAGACCAUGCUCGCCCUGACCGUAGCCCUGCUCCUGGCCCUCGGCUCCGUGGCGCGGGCCGAGCCUCUCAAGUUCUUGGACUGCGGCUCCAAAGAUGGAACCAUCACAGAAGUGAAUGUGAGCCCCUGCCCCACACAACCCUGCCAGCUCCACAAAGGGCAGUCCUACAGUGUCAAUGUCACCUUCUCCAGCAAGAUCGAGAGCCAGGGCAGCAAAGCCAAGGUAUAUGGGGAGAUGCUCCAUGUGGACAUACCCUUUCCCAUCCCUGAGCCUGAUGGAUGUAAGAGUGGGAUCCAGUGCCCCAUUGAGAAAGGUCGUUCCUACAGCUACCUCAACAAGCUACCUGUGAAAAGCGAAUAUCCCAAUAUUAAACUGAUCGUCAUGUGGGAGCUGGUGGAUGACCAAGGCGACAUGCUGUUCUGCUGGAAGAUACCUGUGCAGAUCACCAGCUAAGGAGCCCUGUGCCUCGCUUUGGGGGAAGGCAGGGUGUAGGAGGGGAAAAAAUGGGUCAGACUCUUCUUAAAUAAUGGGCAUUUCCUGGCAUCUGCUUCAAAAUUCUGCAGCUUCCAAGCAGCUGGUAUUGUGCUGUGCCAGAAGGGAGGUGCAGCAGCUGCACCAUCUCCGUUUGAGGGGAAGCAAAGUAUGGCAGCCAUUGGUGGCAGUGGCUAAACAGCAGAGCAUCCCACAUUGCUGGAGCUCUGGAAGUCUUUGGCUACUUUAAUCAUACAGGGAUCUUGUUCUGCAAUGCAAUGGAGCUGAUGUCAGCAGCUGCCUGUUAACUCUUCAGUGCCUGUCAUGAUGCAGUGCUGCUGCAUCCCCCUGUCUGCUUUUCUCCUGCUCCGUCAUGAUCAGUGUUCCUGUGCCCAGCAUCUCUACCCAUAGCCAAAGGCGGCUUAGUGGUGGCUAGCAACUCUGCAGCUGGGAGAAUGCUUCCUCUCCCAACUGCCCGCAGCAUUGCCACAGGGAUGAUUCUUACUAACGCGUGAUUUGCACUGUCUCCUCGCUCAUAUGGGGAGCUCUUCAAACCCUAACCUCUUUUUAUAACUUGCCUUUUAAUAAAGACUCAAAUUGC